UCGGGGAGAUGGUGGCAGGUUUGAAUCCGCUGCAGCGUUUACAGAGAAGCUAAAAAGAGAUCCUGGGGACUGCAGCGGCAAAGGAAGGGGGUGAAAUCUGAUGAGAUGAGCUGGGCUGUGGAAGAGUGGAAGGAAGGCCUUUCCACAAGAGCCCUCCACAAGAUUCAAGAACUUGAAAGUCAACUUGAGAAGCUUAAAAAGGAGCGACAGCAACGGCAGUUUCAGCUGGAAUCUCUGGAGGCAGCUUUGCAAAAGCAGAAGCAGAAGGUCGAAAAUGAAAAAAACGAAGGGGCGUCGUUGAAGAGAGAGAACCAAAACUUGAUGGAACUGUGUGAUAACCUAGAAAAAACUAGGCAGAAACUUUCCCAUGAACUUCAGAUGAAAGAAUCUCAAGUUAGCUUUCAAGAAGGACAACUUGUUUCAAGCAAGAAACAAACCGAAAAGCUAGAACAAGAACUUAAAAGAUACAAAUCUGAACUGGAAAGAAGUCAGAAAACACCUGUUGCCGGAGAUGUAUCUUUCAACAGCACACCACAGAAGAACUUCACUGCUCUUUCAACACCCAGUCACAAUGAUUCAAAAUUUGAAGAGUUGCAAGUAAAAUACAAUAAAGAAGUUGAAGAAAGGAGAAGACUGGAGGCAGAACUGAAGAGUGUGAAAUCUCAAAAAACAAACCCUGUGCAUCCUGAAAGUACUAUAAGUCGCAGAGAAAUUGCCCGGCAACAGUCUUCUUCCUCUGUGUUCUCAUGGCAACAAGAGAGAACGCCAUGCCGCCCUUCAUCCAGUAGUCAAGAAACUCCCGUAAGCAGUGGGUCGAUGACAUCGUGUUUUCCUUUGGAAUUUGGGGCAACUCCUAGUCACAAAGAUGUAAUGUCAGCAAAGAAAGAGUUUACCAGCAAUGUCUUGGACAGUUGCAAGGACUCUCCACUCAUUGACCAGAUGGAAAUCCAGAACCGAGAGUUAAGAUUCAGAGUUCAAGAACUAGAACAUCAUCUGCAAAUUCAAACACAAGACAUGAAAUUAACCGUGACUAAACUUCAAGAAACUCAGCUGCAGCAGGAAAAUACAAAAAUGGAAUUAAGAGAAAAAGAUAAAACUCUGAACAAGAGUAGAAAUGAAAUAAAAAGAAUUCAAACCCAACUUGAUCAAAAUACUAGCCAGUUUACUGCAACAGAGGAAAAGGUGAAAAGGCUUUCAGAUGAACUGAACUGUCAGAGACAAAAUUUUGAAAGCGCCCAGUGCUCUUUACAACAGAAAAUAAAAGAGAGAGAGAAAGAGUACCAAAAGGAACUGGCUCUCCAGCUUAGUCAGGUCAAAACUAAAUUACAUGGGGAACUGCAUCAAGCCAGGAAUGACUACCAUCUUCUUCAAGCAGAACUUGAGAAAACUCUCUCUGCAAAGCAGCAAUUGGAAAGAAACGCCAAUGACUUUACACAGAAGUUGAGUCGAGCAGACCAGGCUAUUCAAGCAAUGCAGCUGAAGGAAAAUGAGCUGAAAAGAAACUGUGAGGAAGCAAAGAAGCAAAACAACCUGCUCAGCUGCCAGUCUGCUCAACAAUUGCAAGAAAUUUGCCCUCUAAAAGAAGAGCUCUGUGUAGCCAAACAACUCUUGCAGCAGAGUCAAACUUUUGCAGAAGACAUGAAAAAUAAAAAAUGCUGUCUGGAAAGAGAGUUAAAGCUACUUGAAGAGAAACUGAGCAAGCAAGAUAAUCCUCUCACUUUAGAGAAAAUGAAACUUGCUAUUUCUGAUUUGGAAAACAAACGAGAUUCUCUCCAGCAGCUUCUGAAGCACAAGGAUGAUAUCAUUGAAGAGCUCAGCUUAAAACUGGAGGAUCUAGAAACUUUGCCAAAAGUUCUCACAGAGUGUGAAGAACUUAAAAAGGAGGUUGAGCUUCUUUCCCAACGGAAAAAAGAAAGUGAGCAACACAUAAGUGAACUUUGUUUAGAAAAGGAAGGAUUGAUGAGCAAAAUUUGCAGCCUGCAAAGGGCUUUAAUGUCUGAACAACUUAAAAGUAAUGAAAGAGUAAAAGCUGUAGAAAAUGAAAACGAAAACCUUAGCAUGGAAAUUAAAAAUCUCAAAGGUAUGGUGGAAGACAAAACGACAGAGCUAGAGGCGCAAAGAAAAGCCUAUAAUGACCUUCAGGUAAAAACAGCAAUAUCUGAGGAAAAACAUAGGAAAGAGAGAGAAAACAAUUCACUGAAAUUAUCUGAGUUUACCAAACAAAUGGAUGCACUACAGAAAAGGCUACAGUCAGUAACAAAUGAAGUGCUGGAAAAGGACAAAUGCAUUGCCUCUGUCGAAACAUCCUUAGCUUCCCAUGUGCAGUUAAAAGCACACUUCCAAAAACAAUGUGAAGAGCUGAUCCAAACCAGAGAUGAAACGGAAAGGAAAUUGACUGAAGCAGAACAAAGGCAUAAAGAUUUUGUGAGAGAGACAAAGCUGCACGUUAGUGAAUUGCAAGCAGCUCUUUCUGAAAAGCAGGACUUGGUCACUAAGGCCUUACAGGCUCUCGAGGAGAAAAGCAAGAGUUUACAAACACUGAGCAAAGAAUCAGAUCAGCAACAAUCAGAGAUUCAGGAUUUAAAAAUGAGGAACACAUUCCUCGAGGAUUCAAUGCAGCAGAUAAAAGUCAUGCCACAAACAAUAUUCCAGGAGGAGCCAGAUUUGUCUGCAACAAUAUCCUUAAAUCAUAAGUUAAUUGAAGGAAUUAACUAUGAAAAUUCCAGCCUUAAGAGUACGAUCAAUACUUUAGAACAAAAAAAUCUGGACUUAAUGCAGACAAACUCCCAUCUUUCCAAACAUUUGAAGGAAAGGGAGGAAAGCCUCUUGGAGCUGUCAGAAAGGCAUAAAGAGAAGAACUUGUUACUGUCUGAAGCUGAAGAAUUGGGGGGGAAACUUGAAAAAAUGCAGGCAGUACCUGAAGAAACUGAGAUUGUAAGACAGGAAAGGGCAGCUCUUAAUAAAAUGCAAACUCAUAAUGAUAUCUUGCUGCAAGAGAAAGAGCAACUUGUCAGGGAACUUAAAAUAAGCAAUGAGAAUACAGCAGGUGCCUUUACUGUAGAUAAGAGUUCGUUGGAAGAGCUGAGAGUAUCUGUGGAUGACAAGGAGGAUGAACUGAAUAAAUACCAAGUUAAGCUUGAACUGCUUCAGAUGGACCUCGAGGAUAAAGAAGCCGCCCUAGAAAAAUACACUGAUCAAGUAAAGCAGCUGGAGACUGCUCUGAGAACCAUGGAAAUAAAAAUGGAAGAAAAUAAACUGGAAAAAGAGAGGCUGAACCAUGAAUUGCAAGCCAUUAAAGAUUUGGAAAAUCUCUCUGUAGAGCUUACAGAAGGGGAUGGGAAUGGCCAGUCACCAACACAUUUCAAUGCCGUUUCCAAGGACAACUUUAAUCAACAAAUAGAUGCCAAGUGUUCAUCAGUUCCUCAUGAUCUGAUACCCAGCCAAAAUGAUUAUGUCCGAUUAGUAGCCUCCCUACACAUGACAAUGAGCAAGCUAAAUGAGUUGGAGAAAAUGUGUGAACACCUGCAGAUUGAAAAGUCAACAUUAGCAUCACAGCUGAAAGACUCACAAUUGAAAUGCAUCACAGGCACAACGGUGGAACAGUUCAUCGGCAAAAUUAAUAAUGUAACAGAAGAGAGUGCUGGUUUUUCUGGUGUUUUAAUAGAUGAGAGGAAAAUGGCAGCACCAUCUGAUAUUGAGCAAAUGCCCUUAAUCGCUCUGGAAUGUUGUGAUGGAGUUAACUCUGCAGAUUUGAAAUGCUCCAACAAAGAAAUUAAAACACACUUUGAUGGAGUCAAGGAAAAACUAUUCUCUUUGAAAAAUGAAUAUAAAAUAUUGCACGAGCACAACUUGAAUAUGGCCUCCAAAAUAGCAGAGCUGCAAUGCUAUAUUGAAAUGCUUAAGGAAGAAAAUACUGCACUAUCAACCAGCCUCAACGAAAUUAAUACUGCUUCAUCUUGCAGUGAAACCUUAUCAUGUACAAAUGAGGGGUCUGUUAUGGAGUCUGAUAGUGACUGUGAUCAGUACAGACCAUCAAAUGAAACAGGUGGCCUAAACAGUAACAAACAAACUGACCUAGAAAGUACACCUGAUGAAUAUCACCAUUCUGUAACAGAGCUGUACCACAAUGACCUAUGGUCCUGUCCAAUCAAGCAAGGGCAUGCCAUGCCUAAAAAGCCUAAUUUAAAAAAUAAAGUUGAAUAUCUGCUAUGUGAGGCUUAUGAAAAGUCCUUCAAGAUGCUUGAAGAAUCAUUUGAGUCUCAUAUAAAUCUGGAAGAUGGAGAGAUACGAAAGAUUCAGGAGCUGCUCUUUUCAGUAAGGAAGGAAGUAGAUGGUCUCCGAAAGCAAAACAUAUCUGAAAGUAAACCGUGGCAACAGAGACUUCAUAAUGUGAUUCUGCAGGUGGCAUCUAAAUUGCCAGCCGAGAAGAAACAUUCUGAGCUGCUGCCUCAGGCACUGGAGGAACCACGGCUCCUUGAUUUAAGUUCUCAGCCACUGCUCUGUGUUGACACAGAACAUCAAGUGCAGAUUCCUAUUGAGCAAGCAAACGAUCCUUUGUGCCAACUGGAUGAUAUGUCUAAUGAAAGCAUGAUCCUUGAAGCUAUGAAUGGCAAAGUGACAGCAAGAAUGAAUGAAGAAAAUAAAACAGAAGAUAAGAGAUCUGUUUGUGAAGCAGUUAUAAUAUUUACAGAAAGAUGCCUCCUGGACACAGAAUCCAGAAACGCAACAGAUAAAUCUGUAAGCCCUCCAAACUAUCCUGAUGACUUAUCAUUGCCUCCUUAUCAAAACACAAAUGCAAUACCGGUGAACAUCUUGGAAAACCAAAGGGCCACUGAAAUGCCUUUGCUAGAAAGAGACCAGACUUGCAAUAAAAAUUCUAAGCCCUUCCUUGAUGUGAAGGAAAGCAAUAAAAGAACUGAGGCUCUACAAAUGGAAGUUGAAAGCUUAAACUCAGGUUUGGAAUCAAAGGACAAAGAGCUGGCUGCAAAGAGAACUGCUUGUGCAGAGUUGGACAAAACCAUUGUAGCACUUGAAAAAGAAAAUAAAGACUUAAGUGAGGCACUUAAAUCUGUUACUUUUGAUAACCAGCAAUUGUCUUAUAACCUUACGACUCUUGAAAUAGAACUUGACAAGGUAAAAUCUGAUCUUGAAGUGUACAAGGUAAGGCUGUCUGAUACAACAGACACUCUAGAAGAUUUAGAAAUGAUCAAGGCAGAUUGGAGUGAGAAGCUUCUUGAAACUGAAACUGAACUGAAGAGGAUAAAAUCUGAGAAAGCAAACAUUGAGGACCAUGCCCUGUCUAUGGAGAGUGAUAUUGAAGAGCUUCAGUCAAAGAACAAGCAGUUAGAAAAAGAAAAAGAAAAUAAACUGAAAAGCAUUUUCAGCCUUCAAGAGCAACUUUGUGAAAUCACAGCUGAGAGAAACCAAUUUAGUCAAGAUUUGAGUGCUUUGUUGAAGGAUAAAGAAGAACUGGAUCAAAUGUGUCAGAAAAUGCAAGGUAAUAUCAAAGAGCUCGAGUCAAGUAAAGUGGAUUCCACUGAAUUUAUCAGGAUAUUGGAAGCUGAGACUAAGACCCAGGCAAAAUUGCUUCAGGCCGUAAAGGCUGAUACUGAUCAGCUAUCAACAGAAAAGGGCUGCCUUCUGCUACAGUUACAGAAUCUGGAUAAGGUUAUGAGGGAUCUUGUGUUAGAGAAAGAAGCAGCACAAAGCCAAAUAGAGCAUCUGAAUGAGGAAAAAGAUGUGAGCUUUCGGGAAUGUGAAACUUUACAGGGCAAGAUCAGUAUCUCUGAAAUGGAAUAUGCCAAGAUAUCAAAGUCUUUGGAAGGCUCACUCAUAGAAAAGGGUGAAUUGGCAGCGAGACUGAACUCUGCACAGGAUGAGGUCUCUCAGGUGCGGCAGGGCAUCGAGAAGCUAAAAAUAAAAAUAGAAUCUGAUGAAAAGAAAAGGUGUCACCUUGUGGGAAAGCUGAAAGAAGGUGAACGGAAAGCUGAUUCUCUCGUAGACAAAAUUGAGACUCUUGAACGAGAAUUGCUGAUGUCAGAAGAGAAUUUGGAAGAUGCAAUUCUUCAGGCCGAGAUGGCUAAAGCAGACACAGAAAUAGCCAACGCCGAGAUGGAAAAGACGCAUGCGACUUUGCAAAGUUUAGAAUGUAAAGUGAAUGCCUUAAUGUCAGAAAAAGUGUAUCAAGAGAGAGAGCUGAAAGAAAAGCAAGAUCAAGUAUUCACUUUAGAAUGUCGUAUUAUGAAGCACCUAGAAGAAAGGGAGAAGGAAAAGGUGAAAAUUAGAGAUGAAUUUGAAAACACUCUGAUGUCAAUGGAAUCCCAGUUGAAACAGGCCUAUGAAGAAAUUAAACUUUCUCAUUGCAAAGAAGAAAUUUUCAAGGCAAAAGAGCAGGAUCUGAUUAAUGAAGUAGCUUCUCUCAAGCAAGAGAAGGAACAGUUGGUUCAUGAAAUGGAGGAAGCAAAGUACAAAAAUUCUGAAACGGAGCAUUUGAUGGAAGCCCUCAUCCAGGAAUUCCAAGCCUUUGAGCAAAACCUUGAUGACGAUUCCUUUCUUGAGCAGUUGCCAGAAAGUGAAACUUCGCCUUCCAACCUAGAGGAGACAGAGUUGAAAGCCUUAACACCCGAAAAAUCGGCCUUCCUUGGAAAGGCAAAUGUCCAUCAGAAAGUAGUGCAGCUCAAGAUGGGAUGUGAUUCUUUUCAUCAUAAAUUUCAGCAAAGGCUGAAAACCUAUACAGAGCUAAAGCAGGAAAUGGCAAAUCAGAUUCAUGAACUUGAGACUCAACUGAAGAAGACAGAUCCAAGUUCUCAUAGGGAUAUCACUACAGAAGAAAUAAGGUUGGAGCUGGAAGGAUUGAGGGAAUUGUUCAAAUUGAAAGCCACAGAAGCAGAUGAAAACCUGGAGAAGUACUGUGCCCUGAUAAUCAAUCAUCAUAAAUUAGAAGAAGAAAACGAGAUGCUAGGAAUACAAGUCUCUCUACUGAACACUCAGCUGAAGCAGUUGUUAGACGCCACCAGUUCCCCUUGGCAAAGUCCAGGAUUUGCUGGUGUUAUUCCAGGAGAUAGCAGCUCUUGCAUUUCCCCUGGGGCAUAUUUAGAUCCAAGAGCAAGUUCCUGCCCUGUCAGCCCAAGCUUGAGAUCACAACCAUCGACUGAGCGCUCACAGGCAAUUGAGAGCGAUGGCUUGCUUGAGAACCAUGAAGCAACACCAGAGGGCAGCAAACUACAAAAGAUAAAUGGUGCUGAGCUGCAAGAAAUACUCGCUACCAGAUGGCCCUUGGGCUUUAUCCCCAGGUCUCCCCUUUCAGCUUGCAACCAGUCCAUCCAAUUAGUUGAUGGAAGAUCUGCUGAGUGCCUCAAUGUAAUCGAAACGGGAUGUUCUGCAAGUACCGAAGAAAAUGAGCUGGACAAAGCCUGCCACGUACAAUAAAUCUGGACUAUUUAUUUCAGACUUGAACUGAUGAGAAUACAGAGGUGUUCAGACAUGAAAAUCCUGAGAACAAAUUUCAUUCACGAGCCUCCUUCCAGGCCGCUUCAGCCCAUACGCAGUGGGAGACGGCAUGUAUGACAGCAGGGAACCUGCAGCCCAUCCUGGCUUCUUGGGACACGCACCUGUAUGGUACACUUGAUAGUUAAAAGAAAAAAGUUCCAUUUGAACAUUUAUGCAGAACUUUCUGUGGGGACACACGGGGAAACAAUAUUGUGUAUCGGUCUCGCUCCCCCGGUUGUUUUCCCUUCAAGAUCCCCGCAACCAUCUUUCUCCAGCUACACAUCCUAAGUCAGACAUCAGCCUGCAGGCUCUGGAUUACACGUUUUAGAGACAAAGUGUUUCACGGCAGGUUGUGUCUGUCCUCUUGGGCUGGGUGCCAAGCUGUUCAUCUCAUUCAAAAUUGUCCAGGAAUAGGAGAUAAAAUUCAGUUGGGAAUGUGUUUGGAUUGGUUUCCCCAGUUGCCUCGUUCAUUACUAAUAGUUUCCCAUCCAGUUCUCUUUCGUGGAAGCAGGAAGGGAGGGUUUUUUACAUCUGCAUUCAGCAUUAUUUUCUUUCUAAGAGACCUUUAGACAGUCUUCUAAAGUCCUUUCUUCCUUUGUGUAAUUUGGCUAGAGGUACAGGCCCUUCCCUAAAGCAGGGAUGGAAAGUUGUGGGUCUCCAGAUGUUGUUGGGACUCCAGCUCCCAUCAGCCCCAGCCAGCAUGACCAGCGGCGAGGAAUGAUGGAGGCUGUAGUCUGGCAACAUCUGGAGAGCUCCAGGUUCCCCAUCCCUGAUCUAAAACCUUGAGAGCUGUAACAAGUACAGUCAAGCCAGGUAUGUGCUCGGUUCUUAUCUCAAGCACCUCCUCAGAGAACAGAAUGAGUCCUCACAGCUAGAGAUGUGAAGGGCUUACCGAGGGGUGGUGGUGACAUUUUCCCCCCACUCUUCACUUCUCUAUACCACAGAUCAAGUCCAAUAACUCCUCUCUCCUGGCCAUUGGGAUUUGUUAACAUUUUCUACAAGUAAGCAGUCCCCCAAAGCGAAGAGAUCCAGUUUGAGAUCCAGAAUGCACAGUUGGGCAUCCGUGCCUUGGAACUGAGUCUGCAAGCUGAUCUCGUGGCUACAGCAUCAGCCCAGUUUUUGUUCUUUUUAGUUUGUCUGUUGUUCCUUGCCCAUUUCUGCUUCAAGUCACUUCUUCCCUGAAAAAAAGAGUUUUGAAGAACUUGAAAGCUUGUCCCACUUUUGUGACAUUUGGGUUUGCUCUAAAAAAGGUAUUGCUCAACUGUGGAUUUGAGAGUUGUUGUUUUUUUCUUAGAGACCAACAUAGCUUUUUAUGUGACUUAGAGAAUAAGUUACCUUAAAAAGAAAAAAAGGAACCUGCAAGAAAACUGUUGUGUCCAAUACAUCUUGACAUCAUUUCAACCCUUUGGAACAGUAAUUUUUGAAUGGGAACACGCUGCCUCAAGGGCACUCAAGCUCUCAUUAAGGUUACAAAGUAUCUGAGGGCUACAGAUUAAAGACAAAUAGUUGUUAGGGAACAAAUAGUUUGCUGCCUGUACAGUCCUGCUAAGUGGAUCCCCCCCUUUUCCUGUUUUGGAAACCUACUUUCCUGGAAUCACUGCUUCAUUUAAUAGUGGCUGUACAAGCAAGGCAUAGCUCUUGUAUGUUUUAAAUCUGUAAGUGGCUGGGCUCAGAUGAUCAAAACAGCCAUAGUUUAGUAAACCAUGGCUUAGAGUUAUAUGUGAACCUGGCCCGUGCCUCCCAAAUCAACGUCAGCAAGGAUAGAAAGACCAGUAAACCGUUCUGCACCCCUGGGAGGGACCUUUGGUUUACCAAGUAGCACCUACACACACCCUGAUCCAACCUGGCAAACCACUUUUGAAAGUGAGGGAAGUUUCAAAAAAACAAUUGGUGAUAGGACAAAGGGAUCAGAGGUUCAAAGGAACAAAAGCGGCAAAUCCCAGUGGUUGUGUAUGAUCCCUUGGGCCAUACCUCAAAAGGGUCCUUUGGUUCCUAGCCUUAGUAUUGUUAAGUCAAGAACAUUUGUUUAUUUAUUAUUUGAUUUAUAUCCAGCCCUUCCUCCCAGCAGGAGCCCAUUGUAUGCAACAUUGCAUAAUUCCCUUCUGUUCUACACACAUCAGUGUUCAGGUGCUGAGUCCAGCUGAGUCUAUGGACUUCAAGCAAGAAGGGAAUAAACUGGAUAGGGUAGACAGAAGUUAGGAAAGGAAUGAGUGCAAAAUAUGGGGCGGAAAGUUGAUGAUUAUUUAAAACUAAACUAAAGGUUUAAAACCAAAGCUGAAGUAUCUUGGACAGCUCCUUGAACAUUCGGACUAAAACCUGGAGCAGAUUCCACUGCCCCACUGACUUGAAGCCAUCAGCCGCCACUGAUGUUUGCAUGUACUGUCUAAGAUAUGCUAUGUAUAUAAUAUUAUAAUACCAAAU